CCCGGAGGCACAAGCGGAGGCCAUGGCCGCCUGCUGAGCUGAGGGUGAGGCCCGGGUCUCGCUCCCCAGCUGCGUGCCGCCCUCUCAGGGGGACACAGACCCCGCCGUUAAGCCCCGUGACAGCUUGUGUCUCCUCAGCCGAAAAUGAAGACUAUUUUAAUGGUUGCGGAGAAGCCUUCUCUGGCUCAGUCCAUCGCCAAGAUCCUCUCGAGGGGAAACAUGUCCUCUCGCAAGGGACUGAAUGGUGCGUGCUCUGUGCAUGAGUACACUGGAUCGUUUGUAGGACAGAGUGCCCAUUUCAAGAUGACAUCUGUGUGUGGUCAUGUCAUGACUUUGGAUUUCAUAGGAAAAUACAACAGCUGGGAUAAAGUGGAUCCAGCAGAACUUUUUAGCAAAGCUCCCACAGAAAAGAAAGAAGCUAAUCCCAAACUGACCAUGGUGAAGUUCUUACAGGUGGAGGGAAGAGGCUGUGAUUGUAUUGUCUUGUGGUUGGAUUGUGAUAAGGAAGGAGAAAACAUCUGUUUUGAAGUUCUUGAUGCUGUUCUUCCUGUUAUGAACAAGCCUCGUGGCACUGAAAGGACGAUUUAUAGAGCUAAAUUCAGCUCUAUUACUGACACAGACAUCUGCAAUGCCAUGAAUCACUUGGGAGAGCCCAAUCGCAAUGAAGCUCUUUCAGUGGAUGCCCGCCAGGAGCUGGAUCUUAGGAUUGGCUGUGCGUUUACAAGGUUUCAGACUAAAUAUUUUCAGGGGAAAUACGGGAAUUUAGACAGCUCCCUCAUCUCCUUUGGGCCGUGUCAGACCCCAACACUUGGAUUCUGUGUUGAAAGGCAUGACAAAAUCCAGUCAUUUAAGCCUGAGACUUACUGGGUGCUGCAAGCUAAAGUGAACCCUGAAAAAGAAAGUUCUCUCACUUUGGACUGGGAUAGAGUGCGGGUGUUUGAUCGUGAGAUUGCUCAAAUGUUCCUGAAUAUAACCAAGACAGCCAAAGAAGCAAAGGUAGAAUCUGUGAGUAAAAAAGAGAAGGUGAAGCAGAGACCACUGGCUCUGAACACGGUAGAAAUGCUACGAGUGGCCAGUGCUGCUUUAGGAAUGGGUCCACAACAUGCCAUGCAAAUAGCAGAACGGCUUUAUACUCAGGGUUAUAUUAGCUACCCUCGAACAGAAACUACUCAUUAUCCAGAAAAUUUUGACUUGAAGGGGUGUUUGAGACAACAAGCCAAUAAUCCUUACUGGGCAGACACUGUGAAGGCCUUGCUGUCAGAAGGCAUUAACCGCCCGAGGAAGGGCCACGAUGCAGGAGACCACCCUCCCAUCACACCCAUGCGAGCGGCCACGGAAGCAGAAUUAGGUGGAGACGGAUGGCGGCUGUACGAGUACAUCACUCGGCAUUUCAUCGCCACUGUCAGCGCUGACUGCAAGUACCUACAGACCACCAUUUCCUUCAGUAUCGGCCCCGAACGUUUUACCUGUAUUGGAAAGGUGGUAACUUCACCAGGGUUCACAGAAAUUAUGUCAUGGCACAGCAUCCCAUUAGAAGAGAGCCUUCCCCACUGUGAGAAAGGAGAUCUUUUUCCAAUUGGUGAAAUAAAAUUGCUGGAAAAGCAAACCAGUCCUCCUGAUUACCUGACAGAAGCAGAACUUAUCACUCUGAUGGAAAAGCAUGGCAUUGGAACUGACGCCAGUAUUCCAGUGCACAUUAACAACAUCUGCCAGCGGAACUACGUCACGGUGGAGAGCGGCCGGAGACUGAAGCCUACAAACCUGGGCAUCGUCCUGGUUCAUGGGUAUUACAAAAUAGAUGCAGAAUUGGUUCUUCCUACCAUCCGCAGUGCUGUGGAGAAGCAACUCAACUUAAUAGCUCUGGGUAAAGCAAAUUAUCAUCAGGUCCUGGAGCACACCCUUGACAUUUUCAAAAGGAAAUUUCACUAUUUUGUGGAUUCUAUUGCAGGUAUGGAUGAGCUGAUGGAAGUGUCUUUUUCACCCUUAGCUGCCACGGGGAAACCCCUUUCCCGCUGCGGCAAAUGCCAUCGCUUCAUGAAGUAUAUUCAGGCCAAACCAAGCCGUCUGCACUGCUCUCACUGCGAUGACACCUACAGUCUCCCACAGAAUGGGACCAUUAAACUCUACAAGGAGCUGCGUUGCCCCCUGGAUGACUUUGAGCUGGUGCUGUGGUCGUCUGGGUCCAGAGGAAAGAGCUACCCACUCUGUCCGUACUGCUACAACCAUCCUCCCUUCAGAGACAUGAAAAAAGGGAUGGGCUGCAACGAGUGCACGCACCCCAGCUGCCAGCACUCCCUCAGCAUGCUGGGCAUCGGGCAGUGCGUGGAGUGCGAGAGCGGCGUCCUGGUGCUGGACUCCACCUCGGGCCCCAAGUGGAAGAUGGCCUGCAACAAGUGCAACGUCAUCGUGCACUUCUUCGAGAACGCCCACAAGGUGCGUGUGUCGCCCGAGACCUGCGAGCUGUGCGACGCGGCCCUCGUGGACGUCGACUUCAACAAAGCCAAGUCCCCGCUGCCCGGCGACGAGACGCAGCACUCGGGCUGCGUGUUCUGCGACCCCGUGUUUCAGGACCUGGUGGAGCUGAAGCACGCGGCCAUGAGGCACCCCAUGCACCGGGGCGGGCAGGGGAGGCGGCAGGGCCGGGGCCGGGGCACUCCUUCCUGCGGGACUUCCCCGCUCCGCUGGGCCCGGCGGAGCCGCUUCCCUGGAGCGCGGCGGGGAGCGGCGCCCUGA